UAUUUCUAGCUUCUAUUAAUUAAAUAUCAUGUAGCUCGAGUAAAGAUGUGUUUUAAAAUCUUGUUAUUGAUUUUACUUGUAUCAACUAUUGUUAAUGGGGAUUCAUUUUCAGAGGAGCUUUUUCUAAAGCAAUUACCAUCUGGUCAUCUUUAUUCUUUGUUUCAGUUUACUAACAGUUUGGAAGUUAAUUUAUUUGAUAACAGACUUCCUGAACACUUUAAUUUAUUUCCAAAAUCAUUUGCUGAGAUAAUAGAAAAGUUUCAUGUAUUAGAGUUGCAUCUAUCGUUAACACAAGGUCGUUGGCAGUAUAGUAAGUGGGGUUAUCCAGUUAUUUCUGCACCAACUGGCAUAGAAUUAUGGGCUUGGUUUAAUCCUGACCUAGAUAGAGAUAAUGUAAACAUAAACUGGAAUGGUUUACUUAAUGCUCUGUCUGGUCUGUUUUGCUCAUCAUUAAACUUUAUUAAUAAAGAAAGUACAUCCAGUCCAAAUUUUACUUUUAAACCUCAAGGUGUUUGGCCAAAUGAUAUUAAUGCAACACUUCAUUUAAGACAUGCAACUUUGCCAAAAGAAACAGUUUGCACAGAAAAUUUGACACCUUGGAAAAAAUUGCUACCAUGUGGAAGUGAGGCUGGUUUGGCCUCUUUACUAAUUGCUAGUCAUCUAUUUGAUUCUUCAUAUCAUUCCCUUGCAGUUCAUCUUCGCUCUGUGUGCGAUGGUGAUUGUGAUGAUGUAUAUCUAGAACUAAAACAAACUUUGUCAUUAGUGUUUGAUCCACAUCAUACUGGCAUAAAUAAAGAUUGGUCUUUGAAGCCAUUAUUUGGAAGUGGAUUGCAUUCAACAUGCCCAUUAGCAUCUUCAAGUAACAUUAUAGUAGAUAUUGAAUAUGAAUUGAAAGAUAAAAUCAAUCCUCAACCAAAUUUAAUAAGAGCAGUAACGAGUGGUGACAAUCAGCUUCAAAGAGCUAUUUUCAACCUUAAACAAAUCAAAGAUUUAGACCAAGGUUUUGAACUUUAUGUUCCGACGAAUAAAAAAAGAAGUCAUCAUGUUAAUUUGCCAUAUUUAACUACACACAAGUAUGCAACAGGAUAUGGUGUGGAAAUGGGUGGUAUUUUUUGUAUUAUAAAGAACACACAUGCAACAGAAUCAUUUUAUUUGACAUAUUUUGAAGUUGUUCCAUAUUUUUUACGAGUUUAUUUCAGUACAUUUAAAGUGAAAAUCAACAAUAUCUUGGUAGUUCCAGAUAGAUUAACAUUCAAACCUGCAAAUAUGCGAGAGCAACCAACUUCUAUAGAGUUUACAAUUUUGUUACCACCACAAAGUUCGUUAACAAUUGAAUAUGAGUUUGAGAAUGUAUUUCUUGAUUGGCUUCAGCAUCCUCCAGAUUCACAUCAUGGAUACUAUGUGGGAUCUUCGGUAAUCAGUGGAAAAUUUCCGGAUUUUUUAAACAGUACUGGAAUAUCCGAAUUAUGUUCAUAUAUCACGAGCUUUGAAAAAUGUAAUCGUGGCACCGAUCUACUAUUUCGACGUAUUUACACAGAAUUGCUACUAAUAUCUGUUCCUCUACCAGACUUUAGUAUGCCUUAUAAUGUUAUUUGCUUAACAUGCACAGUAAUUGCUAUCGCUUUUGGCUCUAUUUUUAAUAUUACAACUCGAACUUUUCAAGUAGAAGAAAAAAAUGUGAAAAAAGGAUUGUUGGACCAAUUAAAACGUGUUUUUUCUAAAGUACUUUGUAAAAGUAGCAACCAGUAAAUUCUUUUUGUUUAUUAGGUAAAUAGAAAUAAAGAA